UAGAGAGAGAGAGAGGGAGAGAUAAAGACAGAGAAAUAGACAGAAAUAAAGAAAAAGAGAAAUAGAGACAUAUAGAAUUAAUAGAUUUAGUAGAGAGCAUAGUUGUUCCUUUUUUUUUUCUUUUUUCCUUUGCCCGUUAGUGAUUUAGUAAAGUACGAACGAGGAAGAAAAGAAAACAGAAAAUGAGUCAUCCUUUUCGAGGAAAUGUUAAGCUCCAGCUCGAGUAAAUAUUAGUAUUGUUUCGUUCGAUCGUAUCAGGGAGAAGGUUAGAAGGAAAUCGAGAAGGUCGUCGUUUUAGUAUCGCGCGAAUCGUCUUCUCGUGUGUCUCGUGCUGAGACUUCUCGCGUAGGUGUGGUGUGUGAAAAAGGAUUUUCUGUGACGAAGAACGAGUACCAACGAUCGUCGAAGCAACUACUACCUACGAUAUAUUACCUUCGUUGUUGGACGAGGACGAGGACGAGGACGACGACGUCGACGUCGACGUCGACGACGACGUUGCCGUUGCCGUUGCUGCUGCUGUUGCUAUUGCUAUUGCUUUUGCUGUUGCUGUUGCUGUUGCUGUUACUGAUGGUGUUACGGCUAAUAUAGGAACGUGCACCAAGAGACGUCGUUGUACCAGGAAGGAAUUGGACGUUGGCCUUGCAUCCAGAGAUUGAUGAGCGUGUAAAGGAGGACACGGAGUAUAUUGGCAAAACGCGUCGCGCGCACCACUCUCGACGAAUGGGAAGGAUCCAAUGAGAAGAGGAGCCAUCGCAGUAAGAAUUCAAAGUCAGGAUAAAUAUGUUCUUCUGGAUGACCGAAUAACCAUUGGAUAAACACAACGAAGAUGAAGCGGUCAUUGGUGCUGACUUGCUUUCUGCUGCUCCACUCCAGUAUCCUGGGUGCACCACGGACAGGCUGCAAAUUUCCAGAGGAGUGGAACGGACGGUGGUUUCAAUCGGGCAAUCCAGGCCUCGUGACCGUCAAUGGAUCUAUCAUAUCCAACAAGGGUCAUUGCAUCGAGGUCAAAGACGACGACAAGUUCCUCUUAUACGAUACAAAAGAGGGUUGCUACAGGUGUAUGGUCAUGCACGAAAAGCAUCCAAACGUGUUGCAGUACAAAGAAACUUAUUGCACGAUCGAAUCGCCGGAACCAAGUCUCGAGAUUAUUUGCAGUUACCUCACUAGCGACGCCAUCUUGAUCUCCCUCUUUCGAACGGGAGCAGCACCCUUACCAUGCCCCAUAAAGGGACCUCUGGAGUUCACUUACAGUCAGGGAGACGGCGAGUGUAAUUGGCCUCUCUCCCGUGCCGAAGUUUGCACGCAAGAGUCCCGUUUGCUUUUGCGUUAUCAGGCUUGCGCCAAUGUCCGUUCCUCCGAAAGCGUAGACGUCCAAUUGGAAUGUUUGGCGACCUGGAGAGAGGGCAGUACGAACUACAUGGUGGCGCGUUUGUACGGUGAUCGUAAGACGAACGACGAGGAAAGCUACAGGUGUUUUAUAUACACCAGAGGCUCGAACAACACGUGGCACAUGGCUCAAAGCGGAGACGCCACUUGUACCGGCCUUCUUAGCAUCACGGAGGCUGCGAAGACAUUUAAAAUGAAACAGAAAUACAUGACCGAACGGUGCGCAUAUCCUUCGUGGGUAGUAGCACCGAAGUCAUGGGUGGCGUUGGAUCGAAUGGCUUCACGUCUCUUAGCCUCGACAUAUAACCUGACGAUUCUCGAUCGAAACGAGACUCGAUUAGCCUGUCAUGCGAUGGUACCGAUCGAGGAUCAUCAUCAUCAUUACUCAUCGGCGACGCAUACUUACGAUCAGAUGAUGUUCGUCGCCAAAGCUACACGUGACUGCAAAAAUGGUUACGUUUGCAUCAUGUUUCAUAAAAGGGACGAACACGUGAUAGAGAUGCAACUAUCAAAAUGGAGCCAGCAGCCGGACGACGUAUGCAACUCGAGUACAUUCAACUCUCAUUCGACACCGUUCACGACGUUCAUUACAUCGGAUCCAAUGACAAGACAAUGUCCGUAUCUUGGUCGUUACGAAAUCGUUUCCGUGAUGCACUGGCACAGCGCCGACAACGUCGAGGAUACUCUAGGAGUGGACGGUGAACUAAGCAUAGCUAACGUCGUCGAAGUACAGGACGUUAGAGUGACGUCGACACCGUUCCCAAGGCGAUGCCAUCACGAGAGAGUUCGUUGGUUGGACAUAGGAUGCAGGACGCCCGAUCGAAUGGAGUUUGCGACCUCCUGCAGCGACGAAGCUCUAUCCGAGUAUUUGUGUCACGGAACCUGGAUCGAGAACGACACGGCUUACUUGGUGGCGAGUACCGACGUCGGCCGUUAUUGCCUCGUUUACAGUGCAUCCGCUGCUACGACCGGAGAUAGAGAACUUUCUGUGACGGGUCAUCUUGCAUCAUGUCCGAGAGCCUCGCAUCGGCAUCCUGUCUCUUGGCAGGUUAACCUCACUUCCUACGUUCAAUGCGGCGACAUCUCGUCUGCGUCGUCGUGGAGGUCACACGUGUCCUCCACUGUGCUCCUCAUCGUCCUCAGCGGCAUCCUCUUUGGCAGAUACAUCGCGAGGUGAUGCCACUGAACUUUGAAGCGCCAUACGCGAGUGGCUGUAUAGUUUAAAGGAAGAAAAUCUUUUCGAUGGACGAUGUGACGAAUUUCAAAAACGAAUGAAAAAUAAAAGAGAGAGGGAGAGAGAGAGAGAGAGAGAGAGAGAAAGAGAGAUA